UGCGCGCAACCCACCCAUACGUCAGUGGAGUCAGCUCGCGAGCGGUCGCUGGUCUCCACGAUGCCGAAGCCCACCCCGGUCGAGGACCUCAUCAUCCCGCCCCAGGACACCAAGAUAUGCGGCACCAUAUGCGUGUGUCAGAUGACGGCCGUCCUUAGCUGCGUGGCCAUCGUGUACCUCACCGUGGCCAUCUACAUGCCUUACACCCGCGCGAUCGCCUCCGGCAUCGAUCCCACGCCGAUCAUGUGCACGACAACCAGAGCCGUGAACAAAGACAACUGCGAUUGGGGAUCCUGUGGCGAGUGGUGCUUGAGCAAAACCUCCGGAGCCUGCAUUCAAAUCUACGUCAACGUCAGGAAAAACGGAACAUCUCUCCUCCUAUCCGAAUGUGGAAGCGCAGCCAACAAAACCUGUUACGGAAUCGAUCAAGAAAACGCCAAGAAGUACCAUUGCAUACGAGAUGAAUGUAGAAACCUUACUGGCACAUUCAAUUGCACUGAAGGAAAAUGCAUAAACAUAACGGACGCUUUCGAAUGCGCUUUCAGAGACACGGACCCACCGUUGAAAUGCUCCGGAAGGAGAGGAAAGAUAACGUGUAUAGACGUUCAUGGAUUGUUUUCGUGUAGUAGAGGCACUUGUAGGAAAAUAAAAACACCGUACAAUUGUGACCGACGCUGCGUCGAUAUCCCGACCCGUCAUAAAAACGUUAUAGUGUUAAGUGGUGAUAGAGUUUUUCUUGCAAGGUGUUCGAAAUUAGCGAAAGAGGACGGCGGUAGUAUUGUGUGGACUGACUCUGGUGAAGAAGUGCUAAUGUUAUCCUGCCAUGCAGUUCACAAUGGCUCCUCAGGGGUGGUAGCUGUGGAUUGUAUCAAUGCAGCUCUGUUACCACGAACAGAUAUAUCAGAUCUGACUAACUUUACUUAUCUGCAAUAUUUAUACACUGUGAAAGCUGUACCGAAUAGAGUUAUUGCUCCAUCAGAAGUAGAAUUGACUAUGGCUAAUGACAGUCGAUUGAUGAUCAAUCUGGAAGGCUGUGUUAAUACUCUCAUUGAUGAGUGUAAAGAUUUUUUGAAAACAUUUGGACGCGAUGGAACGGAUCAUAAUGCUAAAGCCAGAUUCCCUUGCUUUUACACUGAAAACAAUCCUGAUAUUGUGGUUGCUAGAUUCGAUUUAAAUGCCACUUAUCGCCAGUUCCUGGUUGCUUUGGUCCUGCCGACAGUUUUAGUGGUUGUGUCGUGUAUUACUUUGUUGUUAUGUCAAACGACUGUAGUGGUUGGUGAUGAUGCGAAGAUGAGGUUUAAGAGUUGCGCUGGUGGGCAGGCUGAGCUGCAGCUCUCACCAAACGAUCCUGUUUCUCCCCUCUGA